UUAUCCAGCCUUAUUCCUCAGUAUUUCAUAACAUUAUAUUAAAUGAAUUUCAUCUGUUUCCAUAAAAGUAAACUAACUCAAAGAAGCAGCUUCUCCUCUCCUUCUGGAAUCUCUCCCUGAUUCAGCCUGCCUGCCUCCACUCCUGCCUCCACCAUGUCCAUCAGGGUGACCCAGAAGUCCUACAAGGUGUCCACCUCUGGCACCUGGGCCUUCAGCAGCCGCUUCUACACGAGUGGGCCCAGUGCCCGCAACAGCUCCUCGAGCUUCUCCUGAGUGGGCAGCAGCAGCUUCCAGGGUGGCCUGGGUACAGGCUAUGCUGGGGCCAGCAGCAUAGGCAUGGGCAUGGGCAUGGGCAUGGGCAUGGGAGGCAUCACCACCAUCACCAUCAACCAGAGCCUGCUGAGCCCCCGCAACCUGGAAUUGGACCCCAACAUCCAGGCCGUGGGUACCCAGGAGAAGGAGCAGAUCAAGACCCUCAACAACAAGUUUUCCUCCUUCAUCGACAAGAUGAGGUUCCUGGAGCAGCAGAACAAGAUGCUGGAGACCAAGUGGAGCCUCCUACAGCAGCAGAAAAUGGCUCGGAGCAACAUGGACAACAUGUUCGAGAGCUACUUCAACAACCUGAGGGGGCAGCUGGAGACUCUGGGCCAGGAGAAGCUGAAGCUGGAGGCAGAGCUUGGCAACAUGCAGGGGCUGGUGGAGGACUUCAAGAACAAGUGUGAGGAUGAGAUCAAUAAGCUUACAGAGAUGGAGAAUGAAUUUGUCCUCAUCAAGAAGGAUGUGGAUGAAGCUAACAUGAACAAGGUAGAGCUGGAGUCUCUCUUGGAAGGACUAACUGACGAGAUCAACUUCCUCAGGCAGCUGUAUGAAGAGGAGAUCCGGGAGCUGCAGUCCCAGAUCUCCAACACGUCUGUGGUGCUGUCCAUGGACAACAGCCGCUCCCUGGACAUGGACAGCACCAUCGCUGAGGUCAAGGCGCAGUACGAGGAGAUCACCAACCACAGCCGGGCUGAGGCGGAAAGCAUAUACCAGAUCAAAUAUGAGGAGCUGCAGACACUGGCUGGGAAGCAUGGGGAUGACCUGCGGCGUACAAAGACUGAGAUCUCUGAGAUGAACCUGAACAUCAGCCGGCUCCAGGCUAAGAUUGAGGGCCUCAAAGGCCAGAGGGCUUCCCUGGAGGCCGCCAUUGCAGAUGCUGAGCAGCGCCGGGAGCUGGCACUGAGGGUUGCUCAUUCCAAGCAGGAGGAGCUGGAGGCUGCCCUGCAGCAGGCCAAGCAGGACAUGGCACGGCAGCUGCGUGAGUACCAGGAGCUGAUGAACAUCAAACCGGCCCUGGACAUUGAGAUCUCCACCUACUGCGAGCUACUGGAGGGCGAGGAAAGCCGGCUGGAGUCUGGGAGGCAGAACAUGAGUAUCCAUACAAAGACUACGAGCGACUAUGCAGGUGGUCUGAGCUCUACCUAUGGGGACCUCACAAGCCCCAGCCUCAGCUACAGCUUGGGCUCCAGCUUUGGCUCUGGCACAGGCCCCAGCUCCUUCAGCCACACCAGUUCCACCAAGGCCGUGGCUGUGAAGAUUGAGAUCUCUGAUGGGAGGCUGGUGUCCUAGUCCUCUGAUGUCCUGCCCAAGUGAACAGCUGCAAUAGCCCCUCCCAGCCUGCCCCUCCUGAGGCUGCCCCAGAGCCCGGGAGGGAGGUCCGUAUGCAGGGGAGCACAGGGAACAGGAGGCCCACCUGAAGCUCAGCCCUAGCCCUCAGCCUGCCCGUUGGAGUUCACUGCCUGGGGACCACUCUUGCCCAUGCCUCUAGCUGCAAAACAAUUCAAUUGCUUUUUUGGGGGGCCAAAAGAAAAUCUGAGCUAGCUCAGAAAAAAAAAAGUAAACUAACUCUUUUGGGAUGAAGAUUUAUUAUUUUGAGAAUAUCCAAAAGAAUGUGCUGCAGUAUGUAAAGUCAGAUAGUUUCAAAAAAGGAAUCCAUGUAGAAAUGAUACCAUAGGAUACAAAGAGACUCUAGAGCCCAGUGUAACUGCUUUAGUGGGAAGCACUCCUUUGUAAUAUAAGAUUUGGCAAAUGUGUUUUAAAAAACAGUCACAUUAGCUCUUUGUGUUGAAACUAUAGUUAACAUCUUUCUCUGAUGACUGCGUAUCUUACAGAUUUCAUAUCCAAACAUCAGUGAUUACCACAGAGCUCUGUAGUUGAAGGUUAGAGAAAAUAAAAUGGUAGAUGAUUUGACCAAAGGUGUCUCAACCACUGUCCCAUGAGAGUUUUGUUUUUGUUUUUUAAAGCAAAUCUCUGAAAUGAUUUUUUUUUACUUUCUCUAUUCUAACAGAAAAUUCCAGUUACUUGCUGAAUUGCUCAUGUUUUUAGUCUGAUUAACUGUAUUUUUAUAGGUAGUAUCUGUAGGAUCUUUGCUAAGGCGUUUUUAGAUUAUCUCCUCUACAAAACAUUGCACAGAAAUAAAAGCACCCUUUUUAGGUAUCCCUUAAUCUAUAUGCUUUUAUGUGCCAAAAUAUAGUAAUGCUUUGUUUUAUUUUGCGUUGUGGCAGCAAUUAAAUAGUUUAAUACCCAGUGAAGGAAUUAAACAGAGUUAUACUCUAUAAUAACAACAACCAAAAAAAAAAAGAUUUAGAAAGCCAGUUCAGUGACUUAGCUCCUUUUUUCCAGUUUGGAACCAAUGUAAAUUAUUUUCAUUCAUCUUAUUAUUUUCAUUUUGUACCUUUUAUAAGCCAUCUGUUACACCACUUUUAAGGAAACAAUAACAUCUUUUAAAACUAAAUUAUAGUAUUUCUGCUCAAAUUCCUUUUUUUUUGAGUCAGAGUCUCACUCUGUUGCCAGACUAGAGUGCAGUGGCACAAUCUUGGCUCACUGCCACCUCCUCCUCCCGGGUUCAAUCAAUUCUCCUGAGGAGCUGGGACUAUACAGGUGUGCACCACCAAACCCAGAUAAUUUUUUUUUUUUUUUUUUAGCAGAGAUAGGGUUUCACAUGUUGGCCAGGAUGUUCUCAAUCUCCUGACCUCGUGAUCUGCCCACCUUGGCUUCCCAAAGUGCUGGGAUUACAGGCGUGAGCCACUGCACCAGGCCUCACAUUACUUUCAAGAUCUCUUUUUAUCUGUAAUAACAUUUGAAAUAUGAGACUUGAUAAAUAACUAAAGGUGAUUACAUUUUGAAGCUUUAAGUAUUACUUAAUGACGGAAUCACCCUAAAAUACUGUGAUAUAAUGAAAUAAUUUAAAAUUUCUCAUGAAGCAUAUUAAUAUUUAACAAUAUGUUCUAGAUAGAACUUAAUAACUUUUUGGACUCUGUUACAUUAGAUGCAUACUAUUAAAGAUCUAUGCUAACAAUAGUGUGAAGGAGAAAAAACUGAAAUUUUUUACCUUAAAUUUCUUAUGAGUUUAAUUUCUAAAAAUUUCAAAAGAAAAAGGUGAAACAAUAAAACAAAUUGUUAAAUAAGCUUAACCAGAAAUUGUAAGUUAUUUCAGAGGAAAUGUGCCUUUGUGUAAACUUUUUACUGACGUAUAGGGGAUGUGAUAUUUUUAGAAGAUGAGUGUGUAAUGAUGACCUUCUUCCUGGAAAAAUCAACACACAAACCAAAAUUCCAAUGAUUCAUGCUACCGAUGCAAAGCUGUACCUUCAUGAUUGUAAUCUGUUCUGUGACAAGGAUGUUUUAAAGAACUUCUUAAAUAGAAGUGCUGUGCUUAUGCAAUCAGAACAAGUGUGCUUUGGAUUCUAAGACAGGGCCAUUGUAGGAUGGCAGAGUAAGCAGAUGAGAGAGGUCCCACAGCAGACCAUUGGCAGGAAGUAGCUCUGCCUUGGAGGUACAGGUAAUAGGCAGAGGUGUGUGCAAGUAGUCACCAUUAGGAUGGUAUAAAAUGAACAGUGGGAAUGGUUUACAGGUGGGAAAAACUAUGCACCAGGAGUAGAUGGCAGUAAAAAAAAAAAAAGAGUGAUGAUCUAGGCAGUUGAACUAUUGAUAAUCAAGGGAAUUCAACUGCAGGUGGUGCAGACUCAGCAGUGGAAAUGGAAGUCCAGUGGUAGGUACUCUCCCUCAGUAUAUGAGGAAAGAACUUAAGAAUUAGAGCUACUGAAGACCAUUAGCCAUAGCAAUCUAAUGCAAGAACCAAAAACCUAAUACCACAUGUUCUCACUUAUAAGUGGGUGCUAAAUGAUGAAAACAUGAGGACACAGAGAGGGGAACAACAGACACUGAGGUCUUGUUGGUGGAGGGUGGGAGGAGGGAGAGGAUCAGAAAAAAAUAACUACUGCAUGCUAGACUUAGUACCUGAGUGAUGAAAUAAUUUGUACAACAAACCCCUGUGACACAAAAUUACCUAUAUAACAAACAUGGACAUGUACCCCUGAACCUAAAAUAAAAGUUUUUUUUAAAUGUGAGCUCUGUUGUGUAAAAGUACAUCCACAAAAAAAAAAAAAAGUGAGCUCUAGUCUCUGAGACAUUGAGAUCUAGUUGGAUGGGAACUGAGUCAGGGAAUCUAGCAAAUAGAAGAAACAAAUGGACCUUCUUUUGGCACAGGGGUUCAAGCUAGAUCCUAGUUAAGAGUACAAGGUCAAAAUAGAGACCAUCAGCAAAUUUUGAUAUGAAUGGUGAAUCCUAAACUAUGGUUUCAGUUGUAUUUAUAUUUUCCCUGCCAUAGGAACUAGCUUCACUACUGUCUAGAUGGAAUUGGUGGACCUUGUCAAUAAUUAAAGAGCCUUUCCUUUGUGAAUGAGAGGAAGGCAGAGUUAGAGUCCUGGCUGGUAAAACAGCUGAAGAAAAGAUGCAGUGUGUGCCAUUCUUCCCCUCCCUGUGCUUCCCUCUUAACUGUGGAAGAGAAAAAGCCAAUUCACCCAGGGCAAAAUUCAAAGCCACUAAAAGAACUAUGAGACCAAGGGUAUCAAAACACUUAGCUUUGUAAAAACUGGGAUUUAUUUUUAACCAGAAGGAGAGUUGAUUUAAUCAAAAUGAUAGAAUUAGCAAGUACAUACUCUGCAAUAGGCCAAGUACAGUAACCUUUUAGGAUCCAUAGUUUCCUAGUUUCUAGAUGACUCAUGAAAAAUAAUAUCCAAAAUGAAACAGUCAAUCAGGAGCAAGAGUGGGAGAAUAUUAGUUUUCAAUUGCUGCCGUAGCAAGUUAUCACAAAUUUAGCAACUUAAAACAACAAGUUUAUUAUCUCACAGUUCUGUAGGUCAGAAGUCUGGGUUUGCUGGGUUGAUUUCUUUGCUCCAAGUUUCACAAGGUUGAAAUCAAGGUGUGGACCUGAAAUGCUCUUAUCUGGAGGCUCCAGAAAGAAUUCACUUUCAAGUUUAUUUAGGUUGUUGGCGAAAUUUGGUUUCUUAUAGUUGUAGGAAUCAGUAGGGCUGCCCUAAGCUUCUAGAAGCCCCCACAUUCACAGGCUCUGGGGAUUAGGAAAUGGAUAUCUCUGAGGGGCCAUUCUUCCUACCACAGAGGGGAAAAAAUUUCCUAAGGAUGACUAUAAUUAUUCAGUUUAUCUUACUAGGUGCUAGUAAGAAUAGUUAAACUAUACCUAGACUCUCAAACAAGUAGAAGCCCUGGGACUGUUACCAUGAAUCAAAUCGUUUCUUGGAAAGAGACAAAGGCUUCCAUCUUUGAGAUCAAAAAGGAGAAAGUAGGGAAUGACCAGAAUGUAUAAUUGUUUACAAGUUUUGAAAGCAGAGGCAAUGUUAAUAUUUCUAACACCUUUUCCUUGUGUUUCUCUUUAAACUAUGCUAUUUUGAAGUGCUGUUUUAGGUUAUUUUAUUAAGUAUUUGGCUAAAUGUUGUUUGUCUGUGUGUUGAUGAUAGGGAGUGUUUAAUGGAGAAGCUCACAUAUAUGCCUAGAAUUUGACCAUGUGGCCGUAAUGCUGAUUUAUUGCUCUAAUAGCAAUUUACUCAACUUCUGAAACUCAUGCGAAGACAUUAAAUGUUUCUUGAGAGCUGAACAUAUAAUAUGAAUGCUAAAAUAUAUCAAUUAUAUUUCAUUUUUCAACAGAAAAUUUUAUAUGCUAUUUAACUUUUUAAAAUCAUUUUAAAAAAUCAUUUUGAGAGGUAAUUGCACUAAAUUCUGAAUUGUGUGUGAUAAUGAAUCAGUACAUCUUAGCCUCAGGCACAUAGUAGGCACCUAAUAUUUGGGAUGCAUGUACAAAUGUGAAUAUAUCACCCAGAGACAUUUUUUUCGAAACAAAUCACUUAUGUUACACUUUUUCUUGUCAUCUACCUUUUCUGAUUAAGCUAAAUACAGAAUGUAAGAAGCCCAGUUUCUGCACCAUGAAACAUGGCUGCUUAUUCCAAAAAUUAACAGUGAAAAUCAAAGGCCACAUCCUAAAAUAUUUUCAUUCUUUUAAUUAAAUUAUAAUUGCUUUCAUCAGGAUCCUUUUGUAUUUCUCUUGUACAUAAAGCAUUUAUGUAGCAAGAGUGGUUGCUUCUGUACUGUUACCUAUCAGACUUCCCAUGCUUCGUGGUUUCCAUAAGAAAAGUUUAUAUUGUAGAAAUUGCCAGCCAAUCAGAGCACUCUUUUUUCUUCUGCAUGGCAAAUAUCAGCUGUAAUAUUUAGAUCACUAACUCUUUGGCUCUUUAUAUGUUUUUAGAUGCUCAAGAUCUGCUUCUUUGUGGAAUUUUUGUUGUUAUUUGGUUUUUGUUUUUGAUGUUAUUUCUGGGUCUCUCUUGCUCUUUUGGAAGCCUAAGGGAUUUAAUACUGUUCUGUGGAUACUUUGUGAAAAUAACAUGUAAAAUAUUUUUGUGAUUUAAAAACAGACCAAAAGUAGCACAGUCGAUGAUGCUGGUUCUCCAGACUGUGAGUGGGUGACUAAAUGAAGUGGCCCAGGGUAGAGUAUGUGCUGCUAAAAAUAAACUUGUGUCCUUGUGCAAACAAAUGCCCAGGAAUAAUGUAACUGAUUUCUAGGUUUUUUCUAGUACUUUAACUUUCAAAAAUAGAUAAUCUUGUUCUUAAUAGUCUAAAAAUUAAAAUGCUUCAUAUUUUAUUAAAAUGAAUUAUUUUAAAGUUAGAAAUAUCUGCAUUUUAUUUAACCUUAAAUUUUAGGGAUUAGGUUAAUCUGAAGUAAAGUUAAUAGGUGGUCAUAUUUUCUAGCUAUUGACAAAACCGUGUGUGUAUGUGUGUGUAAACAGUUUUCAUUUAUGUUAGAAAUAAGACAUUCCAGUAAGUUUAUAAAAUUUUUAUUUAAAAAAUUAGGUGCCUUACUCUAAGGUAAUACCAUGUAUUCACCUACAGUCUUUUAUAAAUUACCUUUUAUCAUUUGCAUAAUUAAAAUCAUGUUACACUCAAUUCUGUAUUUGGUGUGCUUUGCAUGGCAUCAUAUCACAAACGGGUUCCCACAUUCCUCAAAUAAUGCCAUGUGUAACUAUUAUUUUUAGUGAUGAUUCAUGUUCCAUCAUUUAGAUGUACUACAAUUUAUUUAAGUGUAAUAUUGCUGCUGAAUUUUUUGGUUGCUUUGAAUAGUUCUUACUGUAAAUAGAUUACAGAGAACAUAUUUUAUGUAUACUGUUUUUCUCAUAGUUCAGAAUUUAUAGUAUCAAAAGAAGGGUCACUUAGUCGAAUUUAUUAAUAUUUUUAUAGCACAUGAUAUAUACAUGUAAUAUGAUUUCUACAAAUGCACUAGUUUCCCAUGAUACCAAUAACCUGUAAAAAUCCUUCUGGCAAGAUUCUUAAGCAUAUUUCCCCAGUCAUCAAUAACAUUGCAACUGUUUAUCUAGUUGUUAAUAACAUUUACGAAAAAUGACCCUUUUGAGGUUUACCAGAUCUUUCCUUUAUACCUAUUAACUAAAAAGAUUUUUCCCCAACUUUCCAGUAACAACAAAAAAGAAACUAAGUAUGAACAUUGGAAAGGUUCAUAUUAUUCCAGGCAAGCAAUUUAAAGAGACUAAUACCUAAAUAUAGAAUUGAAACAUUUGAGAAUUAUAAGUAUCAAGAAAAUGUCCUUCAAAUCUUUACAAGAUAAAAACAGAUUAUAUCUCAAGGAAGAAACAUCAAGAUGGUAUCAGGCUUCUCUGUAACACUAAAUACUAGACAUAUUAGACAACAGUAGUUAACUAGAGUUUUGAUGAAAGUCAUCAAAGACACUUGCCUAUACAUAAGGAUUUGGAAAACAAUAUCUGUAUACUUUCUGUCCAACUAAUAAAUAUAUAAAAAUUAAAACUCAAGCAUAAUGAAGUUAUGUUAUUAAAAAAUUAGAUAAAAUUGAAGUUAUUAUUUUGGAUGCUGAGAGUAUGGUUACAAAACUGAAGGUAAAGGUCAGAAGUUAUUACUGAAGAAGAGAUGAUAAAAACAAAAAUGUAGGCUGAAUGCGGUGGCUCACGCCUGUAAUUCCAGCACUUUGGGAGGCUGAGGCGGGCAGAUUCUGAGAUCAGGAGUUCGAGUCCCGUCUGGCCAACAUAGUGAAACCUUCCCUCUACUAAAAAUACAAAAAAAUUAGCCAGGUGUGGUGGUGUGCGUCUGUAAUCCAGCUACUCGGAAGGCUGAGGCAGGAGAACUGCGUGAAUCUGGAAGGCAGAGGCUGCAGUGAGCCAAGAUCACGCCAUUGCACUCUAGCCAGGAUCACAGUGCAAGACUCCAUCUCAAAAACAACAACAACAACAGCCAAAAAUGUAUGCUUAGAACACCAGAUGUUUAUAAUAAGGAUUGGGAAGUGGAAGAGGGAGACAUAGAAUAGGAAUAAUAAACUAGCUUCUAUAUUUUUCAUAGGCAAACAAUAUUGUUUGUCUUAACUUUAAUACCUUUAAAGCUUAGGGUAAAGAAAGUUUGUUUUUUUUUUUUUUUGAGACAGAGUUUCGCUCUUGUUACCCAGGCUAGAGUGCGAUGGCACAAUCUCGGCUCACCGCAACCUCCGCCUCCUGGGUUCAGGCAAUUCUCCUGCCUAAGCCUCCUGAGUAGCUGGGAUUACAAGCAUGCACCACCAUACCCAGCUAAUUUUUGUAUUUUUAGUAGACACGGGGUUUCACCAUGUUGACCAGGAUGGUCUCAAUGUCUUGACCUCGUGAUCCACCCGCCUUGGCCUCCCAAAGUGCUGGGAUUACAGGCAUGAGCCACCGUGCCCGGCCUUUUUUUCCAAUUUUAAAGGACAUCUCAUUAAAUACAUUUUAGAACCUUUUCUACUAAAAAGUAAAACAGUUAAAUAAAAUGUAACCAUAAGGUUUAAAAAUAAAUGAAUGGGAGAUGAUUUAUUAUGCAAACACAAAAGGAAAGCUGAGCUUGCAAUAUUAAUUUUGGACAAAAUAGAUUCAAGGCAGUGAUUACUAAACAUGAAAAAGAAUGUCACUUUUAGUAAAGGAUAGAAUCCACAAUAAAGAUAAACAUUGUGCUAAUGAACACAGAAUUAAAGUAUGUAAGGCAAACAUUGAUAGAAGCACAAGGAGAAAUGGACAAACAACAGUGUGGGCAUUAUAUAUAAAUUUGAAAGAGCUGGAGACAAAAAAUAGAGACAAUAUGAAGAUAUUAAGCCAAUAGAUAAAAAUGUAGACAGAGAAUAUAUAUAUUUACUAAGUAUCCAUGGGAAAUGAUAAUGAUCAUUUUUUUAGACCACAAAAAAUUGUUCAAUAAAUUUAUAAAUACAAAAAUUGUGUAAUAUAUCUUACCUGGACGCACUUGGAAAACUAGAAAAAACAAAUUUUAAAAAUCUCCAACUAUUGGUGAAUUAAAGUAUAUUUUUUAUUAAAUCUGCAAAGUUGAUAUUGGUGUUCUCUUUUUUUAUAAGUCAUUGGAUUACUAUAAUAUUAGUUGCCAAUUGCAUUCAAUAACUGGCAAAUAAAUUAUAAUCAUUAGAUGGUUUAAGAAAAAAAUUGUGAACACCAAUGUCAAACUUUGCAGAUGUAACCAAAAGUAGAUUCAGAGCCAUAUUUGUAAUUUUAUAUUCUUUGGAUUUUAAAAAGAGGGGAAAAUAGGCCGGGUGUGGUGGCUCACACCUGUAAUCCCAGCACUUUGAGAGGCCAAGGAGGGCGGAUCAUUUGAGGUCAGGAGUUCGAGACCAGCCUAGCCAGCAUGGUGAAACCCUGUCUCUACUAAAAACACAAAAAUUAGCUGGGUAUGGUGGCAGAUGCCUAUAAUCCCAGAUAAUAAGGAGACUGAGACAGGAGAAUUACUUGAACCUAGAAGGAAGAGGUUGCAGUGAGCCAAGACCACACCACUGCACUCCAACCUGGGUGACAGAGUGAGACUCCAUCUCAAAAAAAAAAAAAAAAAAAAAAAAAGGAAGAGGAUAAAAUAGCAACUAAUUUAAUUAAGAUGUUUGAAAAUAACAAAACCUUAAAAAGGCAGGAGAAUGCUAAUUUGUUAAAAAGAAGUAAACAUGUUAAUGAAACAAAAAAGGUAAAUUAAUAGACCAAUUCCUGGCAAAGGUAAUGAUGAGAAUGCUAAUUCAGUUUAGGAGAGAGAAAAUAAGUCAUCAUCUCUGGGGGCCUGCAAUUCAGAAAGACAGUCCAAGGUAGGUGGGCAGACUGCUCCACAGUCAUCUGAAGCUAGUGGGUGCUCUGCCAUUGUAAAAGGCAUCUUUUUUUUUUUUUUUGAUCUGCCUAGGAGAAAUUAGAUCUCUGAAACAUUUGUGUUUCAGACAAUGGGAGGAGAAGGAAAAGAGGGGGCAUUACAAAUGCUGAAGACCAAAGUUCUAGAAGUAACACAUGUUUCUAUUCCUCACGUUCUGUUAGAAAGAACCUGAUUUUUGGUGAGAACAUAGGGGACCGAGAAAUGUAAUACAGCUGGGAUGCUAUGUGCCUGGCUGGUAGAAGAAAGGAAAAACAUAUUUUUGUGGUCUGCUUAGCAGUGUCUCUCACACCUGCUACAGAGAACCUUUACAAAUUAUGUAUAAGUAGUGUAUAUAUAGACAACUAAAUAUUUCAGUGAAAUAAAGUGUUGUAGGAAAAUUUAAAUGAACAAAAUUGAAGCUAAGAGAAGUAAAAAAUAUAAAAAGGUAAUUCUUUCUAAAAUUGCCUUUGUCUAAGGCAGUUUUUCUGCUUUACUGCUGUGUCUUUUAACAUUUCAGUAAGUAGAUAAAUCCCAUAUUAUGUGUAAACUUCUUUGGAGCAUUAUAAAAAACAAUUUGCCAUCAAUUCCUUUUGAAAAGGUAGAAUAAUCCUGAUGCUAACGCUUGAAAAAUAUAAUACGUCAAAGGACAUUCUAGACCUGUCUCAUGGAGAAUAGAGUUGUAAAACUUCUACAUAAAAUAUUGCCAAAUAUAAUUCAGUAGCCUAUUAAAAGGAUCAUGCAUGAUGAUCAAGCAUGACUUAUCUCAGAAAUACAAUGAUGAUUUAAGAAAACUAUCAGUAUAUGAUUACCUAUAUUACCCUUUCCAAAAGAAACACUAAAUAAUGCUACUCAAAAAAUGAAAAAGCAAAAAGCAUCUUUUCUGAUAACUGAUUUCUUUGAAAAUUGUUUUUUGUAGUACUAGGCACAGGAUGAUAUUUUAGUAUGAUAAAGAAUAUGCCUUCAACCAAUAGCCAAAAUAUUUAACUGUGCUUUGUAUUAAAGUUGCCAACAUAAGAUACCUACCAUUAUUAUUUUAAAUGUUUCUCGAAAAAUACCUAUAGGUGGCUUAUGUCUUAGUUCAUUCUGUGCUGCUAUAACAGAAUACUUGAGACAGGGUCAUUUAUAAAUAAAUUUAUUUUUCAUAGUUCAGGAGGCAGGGAAGUCCAAGAUUAAGGCACCAGCAUCUGGGUCUGGUGACGACUUUCUUGCAGCAUCCUCACAUGGCAGAGGGAAAGCUACACUGAACUUCCAUCAAGCAAGCCUUUUUAUAAACUAUCUAAUAUCAUUCACAAGGGAGAAACCUCCUGUCCUCCUCACCUCCUAAAGGGCCCCCUCUAAAUACUAACAUUGGCAACACCUGAAUUUUGGAGGGGACACACUGGUACCAUAGCAGCUUAAAAACAGUAUAUAUGUCUUAAUAAGGAAAAUCUAUAAUCCCCUGCUCAGCCUGUUCCUUCCUACUCACCCUCCCUUUAAUCUCCUUUCCAUUUUCUAAUAAUCAUAGCACUAUUUUAAUUCCUCUAUUACUACCUUCAUAUACUUAAAAGUCAUAUACAUGACUUUUUAUACACAUAAAAUUACUUUUCCUAUUUUACCAAAUAUGGACUAUCUUGAUUCUUUACUAUAUAAUUAGGCAACCAGUUGUCCGGCAUUCUUAGUAAAUUGUUAUUCAGUGUCUAGAGUCUUGAUAAAAUGCUAACUAGUUGUAUUUAGUAAUAAAUUGCAUCCUAAUUUUAUUUUUAAACAAAUUUUUAUUUAAGGCCCAUUGCUUCAAAACUUUUAUACAGAGUAUAUAUAUACAACUUUUUUCCCUACCAGAAACCAACAGUGAUAAUAACUAAAUUUAAAACAAGAAGUCUUUUAAUUUUUAUUUCAAGUUUUUAUUUAACAGGAGAAAAAUAUAAAAUAAGAGUAUAUUUCUUUGUUCCUAAAAUUCCAAAAAUAGGGAAUUAGAGAGAAUAAAAUACUUUAAAAAUCAGUCAUAUAAUAGCAUUUCAGAGAAACAGGAAAAUGGGAAAUGGUGAAAUAAAUAACAUGAACAGAUUGACUCAUGCCUUCUUAGAGGGUAGAAUGAUGUAAGUACAAAAAGUUCCAGAGAAGAAAAUGACCACACAAAAACUGAACAAAAGGUAGGUACAUAGAAACAUGAAGAAAGAUGCCAUGGUAACUCUCUAAGUUCAUUUUAAUAUUUCCUUGGGAAAACAAAUAAUUGUUCCAUACUUUAGUUGAUUUGAGAACACCAGAUUUUAAAUAUUGGAUUUAUAAAGUCAGUAAAAUUAUAUUUGUAAUUUGGGAAAAUGAAAAAUAAGUAAAGUCACUCUCCAAAAAAAAUAAAAAAUAAACUUGAAAUUUAGGGCAGAUGGCUAAGUAAAUGCUUCAAGAGCAAUUAGAAAAUAUAUUAUCUGGAAGUGCAUGAUAAAAAGCAUGCAAAUUGAUCUGAAAGAAGAAACAAAACACUUUUAAUGAUAAUACUGUUAUUAUCUGCACUAAAGUCUUAUGUAUUCAGUUUAAUUAGAGGAAAUAUUGAAAAUCCAUAGUAUUUAUAUGUUUUUCUCUUUUAAGAGAGAGCUGUAAUAAAAAUCCACCCCUAAAUAGUCAUGGAUAUAUUAUAUAGUAAAGGAUUUUCCAUGCUUCUUCAAUGGGAAUUCACAUAAAUUCAGUGAAACGAAUGCUUUCUAGUAGUGCUUACUAUAAUUAAACUGCUCUCCUUUUGUGAUUUUGUCACAGCAUCAUAGAGUAAUAAUACAUGCUUUAUGAUUCAGGCCCAACAGCAACUUUCUAUGGAUCAUGAAUAAAUUUGAAUCACGAGUUGGAAGUAAACUUGAGAGAAGUCUCAGAAAUUUCAGCAACAUAACACAAGAAAUUUGGUACUACUUACAUCUAAAUAAAUUUCUAAUUCCAAAAACGUCUUAUUUACCUUACAAUUUCAAAGCAUGCAUUAUUUAUUUGCUACUAUAUAUAGAUUAGCAGGUUAGGCAGUUUGGGAAAUAUACUCUUCUACAAUGCAGGGAGUACCAUUUAGUGAACCUCUAUAGUAUUUAUUAUCAGCAUAUGUUAAUGAUCAACAGAGUGUACCAAUGAAAUGGUACCCUAAGCUGAGUCCGCAUAAUACAGUAAACAAGGAAAUUAUCCUUUGCCAAUAAAUCCCAGAAGAGUGAAUGAAUAAUUUAGCUAGAAAAUGUGGUCCACAAAGUGAAGUUUGGGCUAAAAAUGCUGUGGACUAGUGCUUUGUAUGGGGUGUACUGGAUAAUUACCAGUAUUCAGCACUCUUCACUUUGUGUCCUUAGGUCAAGGCUAGAAGUUACUAUCAUAUCAGGUAACUCAUCAUGCUGUAUACAAUAAAUCAUCUAGCUAUAAAAAUUCUUAUUUUCAAGAUACUUUAUUGUGCCUAAAGUAUGAAUAUUAAGAAAGAAGAACCUCCAAAAAAUUAUUGUGCCACUGUGAAGGAAUAGGUACAAACUGUAAAAAUGUGGUACAUCUUGAAAUGUAGGAAGGAAAUUAGUUAGUAGUCACUGUAACUGGAUUCAUUUAUUUGUUUGAUUUGCUGAUUGCUUGACUAUCCUACUUAAAAUUAUAAUUCUGACCUAUUUUACUGGGAAUUCUCUAUUCCCCAUCCUUUUUUCUUCUUAGAUCAUAGAUAAAUAUAUUUGGUUUGUUUCACUCAUUGUCUUUCUUCCCUCACUAGAAUGCUGACUUUAUGAGGGCAAAGAUUUUUUCCCUCUUACAUUAACUGCUAUAUUACAAAACAAAAAGUCCUUGACUACAAGGAGAGAAAAUAAAUUCAAUAUUAUUAUUGAAUUUAUUAAAUAAGUUUAAAGGAUAAGAUGAAAAUUCAGAAGCCAUUUUAAAGCUUUAACUUGCUUAAAUCUUCAUCCAAAUGAUUAAUUUUGUUUUGCUUUUAAAUAAUAGCAGGAAAAAAAGCCCACAGGAAAUAUAUAUAAUGAAGAACUUUGAAGAAAAACCUAUCCACCUAGCAUAUGUUAUACCUUGAAACAAUGUAACCUGCCAAAAAAGAAAAAAUGUAUAAGCAGUUAGUCAAAUAUUUAACUGUGAAUUUUACAUGUUUCUUUGCCAACAUCCUUACCUGUUGAAUUUCAGUUCAGCUACAAAUGAAUACAAAUGCCUAUUUCUUUGAAUAGGAAAAAAACAUAUUUUAUAUACUUCUUAAGCACUGGAAUUGGGGGAGAAAUUGUAUCUCCGAGCUCCACUAAAAAGUUGCAAUAAUUCAGUAAAUUCUGUUUUGUCACUUGGUACACAUGUUCAGGUUAUAGUAUACCUUUGAAAGUACAGGUGAGUGUGCUUUCCAAAUUUGUUCUUUUUAAUAUGUCUUUUUAUUGUAAAACAAUUUUCUACUCUGCAAUUAAUUAGAACAAUAGUGAUAGGCUAUGUCUAGCUUUCAUACUAAGUGCAACUUCUACAGGACAGUAAAUGUCAGCCUUAAAUAUAUAGAUAAAAUCUUUCUUCCUAAAUCUAGUCAUAAUCAUAUUUAUUUAAAGUAAAAGAGGUUGUAUUUGAUGGUAUUUUUUCUUCUUACUCUAACAUUGUUGUAUUAAAAUUUUACACAAGUUUAGUUAAAAUGCAAAAAAGCAAUUUGCUUCUCAUUUUUUAGAAACAUGAGUGUUGCUAUAUAAAGCUCAAUAGAGCAAUAACUGAUAAAUGGUAGGUAUUACAUUAAUGUGCACUAAUUGAAAUUGCAUGUUUUUUCUUAGAAUAAUAGAUUAAUGUUUCAUCUUAAAAUCUAAGAAAUACUAUUUCUUCUUUUAUAUUCAUAUGCCUUAUCAGAAGUUUAAAAUUUUGACAUUCAUAGGUAAGCAACAUUUCAGAUAAUCACAUUUAAAUCUAGACUUCUUCAGGAAAUACUAAAAUAAUUUGCCUUAAUUAUUAAUAAUUGUAGGUACUUUAAAAUAAACAUUUAUUAUUUUUUUAUCAAUUUAUAUACUGGGAAAUGUGUGCUACAAACAUAGGGAGAUUUUACAUCUUAUAGUGGAGUAUUAAUGCAUGAAUGAAUACCCUGAAAUAUAGGUGAAGCUACCACAACAGAUUCACUAGACACAGGAUUUGCUUUGAUUUCUCUUCAUUGAAGAACUGUUCAAUUCAAACUGAUCUAUCUUCAGCAUAUUUCUGAUUCCUUCUUGACUGCUUUUAGUAUUUGUAAUAUGUCUAAUCAGGUUGAAGGAUGAAAUCUAUGAUUGUAGAACAGUUGUGUGUAUUACUGCCCAAUGUAAGUAUUAAAUCUAUAAUCUUGAUUUUAUUAUGAAGAGUCUAACCCAAAGUUUUUGAUAUUCUUAUUUUAUAAAAUUCUAGGAUUCCAUGAAAUAAUUUGCAAGUGAAGUAGACUUUGAAGUUUUCAAUUUGAUUUUUUCCAUAAUUUGUAUGAGUCUAUUUUCUCCAAAUCGAAUUUAUUUCUCCUAUUCAAUCCACUGUUUACUUCUAUGCCCUCACCACCCUAUAUAUUUUGACUACCAGUAAACUAUAUGGUAUAUCAGAAAAUGAAUAAUGUAAGUGUUGCCACCUAUAGGCAGAAAAUUAAUUAUACUUGUUUAUGAUAUAAAAGCAUAAUCUAAAAAAAAAGAAUUAUUUUUGUCAACUCCUACAACCACCCACCAUCUUUAAACUUUUUACCUAUUUAUUUACCUAUUUGUUUUUGAUGUUGCCAUUUCAGGUACCUGUGCCUUAAAAUAAAGCAUUUACUAAAGAUUUUAUUGUUUUUUUCAUAGUACUAUUUGCAUUUACUAUAUCAUCAAAAUAUACCGUAUUAUUAAAGUUCUUUGACUUCACAAAGUUUGAAGAGACUUGUUAAAACCAACUAAUUUAACUAGUCAUAUACUAAACUGUUGUAUCUCAGUUUACUUCUAGGAUGGGGAAAAUUACCAAUAUUUGUUCCCAGGAAUGAAAAAGCAUCCCUUACUACAAGCUAUUAUCAUUAGUUUUUGGUUUUGUGCCUUCUCUGUAAUGAUAUAGGUUUGUUUC